GUGUGCGAUGCGAGGGACUGGCGGAGGCUGCGGCUGCUGCGUGCAGAUGUGCUUUCUGAGCGCUACGUAGUAAAUGCUGGGAAGACAUGGCUCUGGUGCGACUGAGGAACGCCAAAGGUUCAAAUGCAUCUGAGAUAGAGAAGAAAAUCAAGAGAGGUCACGCGCUGCGGCAGGGGUCCUCAUGGCGGGGGUCUCGCGGCGUGGUGGCCUUGCUGCUGGUUGCCGUGUGUGCCGGCGCGGUGGCCACGUGGCUGUACGUGUCGUCCCUGGACGAUGACAUCACAGAAACUCUGGUCAGCCACUGGGAGUCGGUGUCCCCACAGCCCAGAGUUUACAGCUUCCUGUGCUCGGAGGACUACCAGAACUACAAACGAUAUCCAGGAUGUACCCCUCAGGAGUGUGGCCGUGCCGUCACAGACGCCGUGGUGACGAGGGAGGAGGCUCAGGUCCUCAGGAGGCUGGCUGAGAGGGGGCUGGCGUUGGCGGGGUCAGAGGGAGGAGCCUCCAUACUAGACCUCCACUCAGGAGCGCUGUCCAUGGGGAAGCAGUUUGUGAACAUAUACAGGUAUUUUGGGGACCAGCUCAGGGAUGUGUUCACACAGGAGGAUUUCGAUCUUUACAGAGAUGUCCGCGGGCGAAUCCAGGCAGCCAUCGCCGAGACGUUUGGCCUGGACCCGACUCUGAUGUACCUCACGAAACCUACCUUCUUCUCCAGAAUCAACAGCACCGAGGCCAGGACCCAGCACGACGAGUACUGGCACGCACACAUUGAUAAGGAAACGUACGGCUCUUUCGACUACACCUCCCUCCUCUACCUGUCUGACUACGGCUCUGACUUCACCGGAGGAAGAUUCAUCUUCAUGGAUAAAAACGCCAACCGAACUGUGGAACCACGGGCAGGACGAAUCUCUUUCUUCACGUCUGGCUCUGAGAACCUCCAUCGCGUGGAGAAGGUAGCAUGGGGGACACGCUAUGCCAUCACCGUGUCCUUCACCUGUGACCCCGCUCAAGGCAUCUCGGACCCCGCCCUGCCCUGAGGCAUCCAUGGAUGAUGGAUGACAGUGUUGCCCUUCUGCUUGGACAAGCCCUGCAGAAGUACAGGAAAGAAGGAAAGACAAGGAAAGGAAGGAAAUAGUUUGUUUGGAGAAUUAAUUUGCAACAUUGGAAUCUGAAAAAAAAAAAAAAAAAAGCACGAAUGGGCUUCCUUUCUGAGAUUGAUGUUUUUUUAUUUCUUUGUUAGUAGUGUUUUUUUACUUGAAACAUAUUAAAGCCACUCUAUGUAGCACCGCAUGGAGGCAUGUAGAUCAGCUGUGUUUACCCCAGAGCCACUGACAACACUGUGCUAAUGAUUGGGGACGAUCCGGCUCACCUUAUAAUACCACUUUGUCCCACUAGAGGUGCACUUUUGUUGUCUCUUACGCCAGGGGUGGAGUCUUGAACUUUCUUGUGAUUUGCUGCCUCCUUGUGGUCAAAAGGGGUAUUGUAACAAAGAGUGGCUUUCUAAUAGAAUAUU